AUGAGCACAUUCUCCAUUGGAGCUUCCAUAAACAUUAAACGUAGUGAUGGUAGAGUCCAAGCAGCAGUAGUCUCAUCAAUAGAUCAUGAUCUCAAGUGUGUCAAAGUGGAAUGGUUUGAAAAUGGUGAAACAAAGGGCAAAGAAAUCCAUUUUAGUAACAUAACAGCUUUGAACCCUGGUGUGGCAAUCUGCAAGAAAAGAGAAAACUACAGUUCAGGCUGUUUCAGUGUUGCUGAUGACAGUUUGGUCAACAAAAAUAAAAGACGGUUCUCUUCUCUCAACCAGGACAUCAGAUCUCAUUCUGCUAAACCUAGGCUGACUCAUAAUGAUUUCACUAAUGUUUCUACUGUAGCUACAGAAUUAGUUGUUGAAGGAAAACAUUUACCAAACACUACAACCAAUAGAUCUGUCAUUGAAAACCUUUCAAAAUUUAAAGAAAGUGCUACUGUGAAAAAACUGAAUAAAUUGGAGAAAAACAGAAUUGAAAGAAGAAAAAAACAUGCAGAGGUUAAAGCUGAAAAAGAAGAAAAUUUCAAGAAAAACCAGAAUAAUCCACAUUGGGAGCUGAUGAAUAUGAUAACUCAGUACCAAAAUUCCAUUGAGUUUAAACCUUUGUCAAGUAGAGACAUUAUUGAAGAACACUUGAUAACUGUAGCAGUUAGGAAAAGGCCUCUGAAUCACUCUGAUAUACAGAAAAAAGAAAUUGAUAUCAUCACUAUUCCUAGCAAGAACCAAAUCAUCAUUCAUGAACCUAAGCUGAAAGUGGACUUGACUAAGUAUCUUGAAAAUCAUGCUUUCACUUUUGAUUAUACUUUCAAUGAAAAUUGCACCAAUGAAAUGGUUUAUAAAUAUUCUGCCCAACCUUUGGUAAGAACAGUUUUUGAAGGAGGGUUUGCCACUUGUUUUGCUUAUGGCCAGACUGGAUCAGGAAAGACCUUCACAAUGAGCGGAAAUUCAGCAGAUUCCAACAGGGAAAAAGGAAUUUAUGCAUUAACUGCUACAGACAUCUUUAAAGAAAUUGUCUCAGUUAAAUAUAAGCACUUGAAUUUGAUGGUGUCCUGCAGUUUUUUUGAGAUAUAUGUUAAAAAAGUAUCUGACUUGUUGAAUGGCAAAAAAGUCUUGAAAAUUCUGGAAGACGGUAAGCAGCAAGUCCAGAUAGUUGGUCUAACAGAAAAGUGUGUAAAUUCAGUUGAUGAAGUCUUGCAAUUGAUAAAAUUAGGCAAUGAAGAACGUGCAUCAGGUCAAACCUCAGCUAACUUGAAUUCUUCAAGAUCCCAUGCCAUAUUCCAAAUUUACCUAAGAAGCACUGCCAACCCCAAAAAACUUCACGGGAAGUUCUCUUUGAUUGACUUGGCUGGUAAUGAAAGAGGGGCAGAUACUUUUUCUUCCUCGAAAAUAACAAGACUUGAAGGCUCAGAAAUCAACCAGUCAUUGCUGUCUCUCAAAGAGUGCAUAAGAGCUUUAGCUAGAAAGGGGGCCCAUCUGCCUUUUCGCGGCUCAAAACUAACGCAAGUUCUGCGAGAUUCUUUUGUGGGAGCCAACUCCAAGACCUGCAUGAUUGCCAUGGUGUCACCAGGUGUCAAUUCUUGUGAGAACACUCUGAAUACAUUGCGCUACGCCGACAGAGUCAAAGAGCUUGGUGGUGGGGAUGGCCACUUGAAUAAGUUGUCUGAUAAUGACAUAAAUGACACUGCUACAACUUUUUACAGUUCACACAGCAUGAGCGUCUAUCCCAAACAAAGAAGCUUCGAGCGGCCGGUGAAAGUGAGAUUGGAAGACAAGAUGGUGAAUAUGCAUAAAGAAGUUGUAGGAAAAUUGCAGAGGAGUGCACGAGAAGCAGAAGAGUUGCUUGUGUCUUCAAAGAAUGAUGUGGAGAAGUACAGUAUCAACUGGAAUCUGCUCGUUGAAGAUGUCAUCUCUUAUUUGAUGAAAGCUAAAAUGUGA